AUGUCUGAGAAAUACGUGAAAGAUAUUUUAGAAAAAUUGGAAGAAAUCGAGAAACUUCACACGAAGCUUCGGACUUUGGUACCCAGAGUGAAAAAUUAUGAUUCCGAAAAUACCGUUUCAAUCCCUGCUGAGGAACUUUCAAAGAGGUUCAACAAGGUUGGAAUGAAGGAGGAUAAUAAGAAUUUGCCUAAACAAACACCAGUCGAUAUUCAUCGUUCUUUUGAAACGUUAAAAAAUGUAUAUAAAUCUUCAAAAACUAAUAUUAAAAACUUUGUCACGCCUCCCGAGCAAGAUUCAAAAUAUUUCAAAGGCGGUAAAUGGAGAAGAUUGAGGAGCAAUUCGGUGGAUUUUGUUAAGAAACAGUGGCAGGAAAAAGGAGAUAAAUUCAAGAAUUUCCUAUCUAACAUUGUUGAACGUGAUAUCAUUUUGGGUAAAACGAUCUAACACCUGAUCUAAUAUAUAAAUUAUUAUUACUCAUAAUUUUCAGUGAGCAGAGCCUCUCAAACGUCGUCAGACGCUAUAAAUCCCUCCGUAAGAAAUGAAGAGA